AUGGGUCAAAAUAAUUCGGUGACGAAUUUUGCGCGACACUUGAGAGUUUAUACAGAUGUAAAUAGACGUAGUAAUGAAAACAUAUUGGAAUUUGGUGAUAUAAAUGAUGUGAAACGAGUGAUAACAGUGAAUGCGCCACAGCAAGUCAAAUUCAUUUCAAAUAGAAUUAGUACAAGCAAAUAUUCCAUUUUAACAUUCUUACCAAAAUUUCUAUUUGAACAAUUUCGAAAAUAUUCGAACAUAUUUUUUCUCUGCAUUGCUGUUCUACAGCAAAUACCUGGUGUGUCGCCGACCGGGCGUUACACAACUGCUGUUCCUUUACUCAUUAUACUUUGUUGUGCUGCCAUUAAAGAAAUUAUUGAAGAUUUUAAACGACAUAUUCAAGAUGGCGCAGUGAAUAAUCGAAGAAUAUUGAUCUAUCGUUAUGGUAAUUGGUUAUAUUCAAAGUGGAUGAAUGUCAAAGUGGGGGAUAUUAUUAAAGUGACUGAUAAAGAAUACUUUCCUGCUGAUCUCAUUUUAUUAUCAUCGAGUGAACCACAUUCCAUUUGUUAUAUACAUACAUCAAAUUUAGAUGGUGAAACAAAUUUAAAAGUUCGUCAAACAUCCCAUAUUAUAUCCAGUUUACAACUCAAAGAUUUACAAGGCAUAAUUGAAUGUGAACUACCUAAUCGACAUUUAUAUGAAUUUUCUGGAACUCUAAAAUUAGAAAAUAUUCCACAUGCCAUACCAUUGGGUUCUGAUCAAAUUUUACUUCGUGGUUCACAAUUGAAAAAUACGGGUUGGAUCUAUGGUUUAGCCAUCUAUAGUGGACAAGAAACAAAGCUAAUGAUGAAUUCAUCUUCUGUUCCAUUUAAACGAACUAAUGUUGAACAAAUAACGAACAAUCAAAUACUUCUUUUGUUAUUUCUUUUAUUGAUCCUAUGUUUAUUCAGUACACUUGCAAGUGAAUUAUGGAAUUCCAAGAAUCGUGUUGGUCACUGGUAUUUAGGUCUGACCAAAAUAUCUGAUAACAGUGCUACUACGGUGCCCAAUCAUUUUGGUUAUACAUUUUUGACAUUUUUUAUUCUAUUCAAUAAUUUAAUACCAAUAUCAUUACAAAUAACAGUUGAUCUCGUUAAAUUUAUUCAGGCUUAUUUUAUCAAUUGGGACAGAGAUAUGUAUGACGAAGAGUCGGAUAUUCCAGCAAAUGCAAGAACCUCAAAUUUAAAUGAAGAACUUGGCCAAGUCAAAUAUAUCUUCUCGGAUAAAACUGGUACACUGACAAAAAAUGUUAUGCUUUUCAAACAAUGUUCCAUUGCUGGUAUUAUGUAUGGUUCGGGUAAUGUUGAAAGAUUUAAUGAUUUUCAAUUAAUGCAGAAUCUGACCAAUCAUCGUACAGGUGAUCAAAUUCGAGAAUUUUUAACAUUGCUUGCUACAUGCCAUACUGUUGUUCCUGAACAAAAAACGGAUUCAUUAGCCGGUGUGACGUAUCAGGCAUCAUCACCAGAUGAAACUGCAUUAGUUGCAGCACUUAAAGAAAUGAAUGUUAUUUUUUACCGUCGUACGCCCAAUGCUGUGGCUAUUAACUUUAGAGGUCAAGAUGAAGUUUAUCAGAUACUGAAUGUCCUUGAAUUUAGCAGUGACCGAAAGCGAAUGAGUGUUAUAGUUCAAUGCCCAGAUGGACAGUUAAAAUUGUUUUGUAAAGGAGCCGAUAGCGUUAUAAUACAACUCCUUGCUGCAGAUGAUCCUAUUGCUGAAAUAACAACGCAACAUCUCGAAAGUUUUGCCAAAGACGGUCUUCGUACUUUAUGUGUUGCAUCUCGAGUUAUAUCGCCCGAUGAAUAUAACUCAUGGAAUGAACUUUAUCGUCAAGCAUCAAUAGCAAUAAAUAAUCGAGCAGAACUGGUAGCAAAUGCAGCAGAACAAAUUGAAAACAAUCUACAUUUAAUCGGUGCUACCGGAAUUGAAGAUAAAUUACAAGAUCAAGUAGCUGAAAGCAUAUCAAUGUUACACAAAGCUGGAAUUAAAAUUUGGGUUUUGACUGGUGAUAAAAAAGAAACAGCCAUCAAUAUUGGUUAUUCAUGUAAAUUAUUAUCUGAUCAAUUAUUGAAUUUGACACUUGAUGAAGAUUCCAUAGAAGAUACAAGACGACAGUUACGUGAGCAUUGCUCCUCGUUUGGUGAAUCACUUGGAAAAGAUAAUUUAACAUCACUCGUUAUCGAAGGAAAUACAUUAAAAUUUGCUUUGUCUCCAUCAUGUAGACAAGAUUUUUUGGAUUUAGCUAUUUCAUGCAAAUCAGUCAUCUGUUGUCGUGUUAGUCCAAAACAAAAAGCUGAAGUUGUCGAACUUGUUAAACGUUCGACUGAUGCUAUAACCUUAGCCAUUGGUGAUGGAGCAAAUGACGUUGGAAUGAUUCAGACUGCACAUGUUGGCGUUGGUAUAAUGGGACGAGAAGGUGUUCAAGCAGCGUGUGCAUCCGAUUAUUCGAUUGGACAAUUUCGUUUUCUAACUAAAUUAUUAUUUGUGCAUGGUGUGUGGAGUUACAGACGUUUAUGUAAAGUUUUGUUGUAUUCAUUCUAUAAAAAUAUUUGUUUAUAUGUUAUGGAACUUUGGUUUGCAUUACACAAUGGAUUUUCUGGUCAAAUAUUAUUCGAGAGAUGGACGAUUGCCAUAUACAAUGUGUUGUUUACAGCAGCACCUCCCAUGGCACUUGGUUUGCUAGAUCGUUGCUGUAGUGCUGAAACAAUGAUGAGAUUUCCUGCAAUGUAUAAAAUGUCACAAAACAAGUCUGAUUUUAAUAUUAAAGUAUUUUGGACAUGGUGUCUGAAUGCCAUUUAUCAUUCAAUUAUAUUGUAUUUUAUGUCCUAUGCAAUGUUACGUCACGCUGGCUUGGAAAGUGAUGCGUGGACACUUUUGACUCAUGUAGCAAUAUGGGGCAGUAUUGGAUCAUGGUUUCUGUUUUUGGCUGUCUAUAGUAAUUUUUGGCCAACAAUACCAUUGGCGCCAGAGAUGAGAGGAAUGUCAAAAUAUGUGUUUUCAAGCAUGUACUUUUGGUUUGGUCUUUUAUUAAUACCGUUCACAGCACUCAUGGCCGAUAUUAUUUAUAAUUGUCUUCAGCGAACAUUAUACAAGACAUUAAUGCAAGAAGUACAAGAGAAAGAGCUGGCAAAUCAAGAUGUAUAUGAUUUAGUUAUGUCAAGGCAAACGUCGACUGUUGCCCGUGUUGCUGAACGUUUGGCACUGUUAAAAAGUGUAUUUGUACGAACAAGAACACCGAAAAUGGUUGAUACGACUGCUAGACCUUAUCAUGGAUUUGCAUUUUCACAAGAAGAAGAUGGUGUUGUGCCACAAGAUCAACUAAUUCGAAAUUAUGAUACAAGUAUAUUAAAACCUGCCGGUCUAUAA